AUAAACCCAAACGAGAAGAAACUACACACAAGAUAGACUUUCCACUUACGAAGAAGCAGAAUUCAAUGACGAUGGGAGAAAUCGCAGAUCCAGUCCAGUUAAAGGACGAGGGCAACAAGCACUUCCAAGCCGGAGAAAUCGACAAAGCCAUUGAGUGCUACACUAAAGCCAUUAAGUUCUCUAAAGACAAGAAGGCGCUGGCAGUCAUCUAUAGGAACAGAUCGGCCUGUUUCUUGAAAAAGGAAAAUUAUAACAAUGCAGUAUCAGAUGCCACUAAAGCUAUCGAUGUGGAUGCCGCAGACAUCAAGGCUCUGUACAGAAGAUGUCAAGCGCUCGAGAAGCUUGGCAAACUAGACAUGGCCUUCAAGGACGUCCAGAGAUGUGCAACCUUAGAGCCGAAAAACAAGACGUUCCUCGAGACCCUCAGAAGACUCGGAGCUGAGAUCCAACAGAAGCUGAAAACAACCUUCUCAACAGACUCCAGAGUACAGAACAUGUUUGACAUCCUAUUUGCAGAUGAAUCAGAUAAAGAAAAGCAAGAAAAGGCUGCCAACAACCUGAUUGUCCUUGCCAGAGAGGACGCGGGUGCAGAGAGAAUAUUCCAGAACAACGGUGUGCCUUUACUCGUGCAACUCAUUGACACAGGAAAACCUGAUAUGAUUCUGGCUGCCAUACGAACCCUGUCAGGAAUGUGCACAGGCCACAGAGCAAGGGUGAGGAACAGUCUGAAGAAGAUUCUGAAAGUCUGUGGUCAGGUUCCAGACCUUCCGGAUCAGUUGCCGUUGACGGAAAACACGCAGCUGAUUGCUAGCGUUCUUCUCAACAAGGUCUACGAUGACUUGCGCUGUGACCCUGAGAGAGAUAACUUCAGAGAUAUCUGUGAUGAAUACAUUAAGAGCAAAUUUGACCCCAACGACAUGGACAAAAACAUCCAUGCCAUCAAUACUCUAUCAGGCCUUCUACAGGGGCCUUUCGACGUGGGCAACGUCCUUGCGGGUCGUCAGGGUGUUAUGGAGAUGAUGGUGGCCCUUUGUGGUUCCGAGCGUGAAGUGGACCAGUUGGUAGCAGUGGAGGCCCUCAUUCACGCAUCCACCAAAACCAGCAAAGCCUCCUUCUUCAUCAGCAAUGGAGUAACUCUGCUGAAGGACAUGUACAAGAAAACUAAAAAUGAGAAGAUCAAGAUCAGAGCCCUUGUGGGUCUGUGUAAACUGGGAUCCGCUGGAGGAGAUGAUUACAGCAUGAGACAAUUUGCUGAGGGCUCCACUGAGAAACUGGCAAAGCAGUGCAGAAAGUGGCUCUGCAACCCUACACUUGAUGUGCGUACCAGGAAAUGGGCCGUUGAAGGUUUGGCUUACCUUACCAAUGAUGCUGAUGUAAAAGAUGACUUUAUUGAUGAUGAAGCAGCCAUGAGGGCCAUGUUUGAACUUACCAAGUCAAAAGAUAAGACCAUCCUAUAUGCUGUCGCCUGCACCCUGGUCAACUGCACCAACAGCUAUGACAAGAAAGAGAUCAUCCCUGAGAUGGUGCAGCUGGCCAAAUUCUCCAAACAACACGUCCCAGAGCAGCACCCGAAGGAUAAGAAGGACUUCAUUGUAAGGCGAGUGAAGAAGAUACUGAAAGCUGGAGUCACAUCAGCUCUCACUGUCAUGGUCAAAGCAGACAAUUAUGUCCUGACUGAUCAGACCAAAGAGAUGCUUGCAAGAGUGUUUCUUGCCUUGGCAGAUGAUAUUAAAGAUCGUGGCACAAUUGUAGCUCAAGGUGGAGGAAAGGCUUUGAUCCCAUUAGCCCUGGAGGGAACUGACAACGGAAAAAUAAAGGCCAGCCAUGCUCUGGCAAAGAUCGCAGCCGUCUCCAACCCUGAAAUCGCCUUCCCUGGCGAGAGGAUAUAUGAAGUUGUGCGACCGCUGGUUUCCUUGCUAAACACAGAACGAGACGGUUUGGAAAACUUUGAAGCUCUGCUGGGUCUCACAAAUCUGGCUGCCUUGAAUGACAAACUACGAGUGAAAAUCCUUAAAGAAAAAGCUCUCCCAGAGAUUGAGAACUACAUGUUUGAGGAACAUGAUCAAAUCAGACAAGCUGCCACAGAGUGCAUGUGCAAUCUGGUUUGCUGCAAAGAGGUUCAAGACAGAUACCUGGAAGAUGGCAAUGAUAAACUCAAGCUUCUUAUUCUGCUCUGCGGUGAAGAUGAUGUGCAGCUUCAGAGGGCGGCUGCUGGUGCAUUGGCUAUGCUCACCGCCGCACAGAAGAAACUGGCUGUUAAGAUUACUAAAGUGACUGAGCAGUGGCUUGAGAUCAUACAGAGAUUGUGUAUCCAUGACAACCCUGAAAUUCAGCACAGAGGUCUUGUGACGGUGUUUAAUAUGCUGGACGCUGAUGAACAACUAGCCAAGAAGCUCAUUGAAUGUGAAUUGCUGGAGAUCCUGACAUUUGUGGCAAAACUAGAGGACAACCCCAAGAAGCAGGACGCUAUUAAUGCUGCUCGCGCCUGCCUGUCCAGAGCCUUGGAUGGUGGACUUAUCAAACCGUUUUCAAAUUAAACAGUUCAUUGUGAUGUGUCAUUAGGCGAGUACAGAAUGGUCUGCUUUCUGGGAAAGUGGAAAGACUGCAAACCAUUUGCAAGGUUUUAUUUUUUAAAUUUCUACCGCUGAGCAUAGUUCUUUUUGUUAGAUUAAAUGUUUGUGUGGCUGUUUGUUUGAUCAGUAGAAUUUGGUAUUUAUUUAACAUGCUCAUUUCAUAUUUCAUGUAUUUGCACUUGUGAAGUUUUGAUUCACAGAUUAAAAUCU